GAAUAAAUCAUCAUAUUCAAAAUAAUCAAAGAUGACAAUUAAUAACAUACAACAACAAUUAUGUCCGUAAUUCCUUCUGUAAAUGAAGGAAUACACCAAAAAUAUUAACAAUAAAAUAUAAAAUUAAAAAAAGUAGAAUUGCAAUCAAUUAAAACAAAAAAGUGUACACAAUUUUAUAAAAUAACCUCAACAAUGAUAACACAACACAAUAAAAAAAUGACGAACGAAAUUAUUAAUCUUCCCGAAUAUAAUUUAAUACUUCAAUCACACCAACAACAACAGCAACAACAACCAAAUACUUCAAAAUAUCUUGAAGAUCUUAAUAUAACAAGUGAUGCAUGGAAUGAUUUCUUGGAGAAAUAUGUUCAACAAAUAAAUAAUCAUCGUUUGAAUAUAACAAAUUUAGACGAAUGUGAAGAUUAUUGUAAUGGAAAUAUUCGGGAUUUCUCAUUGGCGUACAAAGCUAUUCAUGGAUAUAUUGCACUUUUGAUCUGUGUUUUUGGCACCAUAGCAAAUAUUUUAAAUAUUAUUGUACUAACGAAAAAAGAAAUGGCAAAAGCACCCAUAAGUAAAAUUCUCAAAUGGUUGGCAGUUGCUGAUAUGUUCGUUAUGAUUGAAUAUAUACCAUUUGCAACUUAUAUGUACGUUGUGUCACCUGGAGAAAAGGAUUUCCGAUAUGCGUGGGCUGUUUAUCUUUUAUUUCACAUGCACUUCACACAAAUCCUCCAUACAAUUUCCAUUGGUUUGACAGUGACACUUGCUAUAUGGCGUUACGUUGCGAUAAGCAGACACCCCCACGGACCAUGUGCCUCAUUUAUGUUGUCACACUGCUGUGAAUCUAUUCUUCUGGCAUUCAUCAUUUCGCCAAUACUUUGUUUUCCAACUUAUUUUGUAUUCAAGGUAAAGGAACGACAUUUCACUGAUAGAGAAGAAACCGUUUAUCAUGUCGACGCAACUGAGGAUACGGCCUUGUACAGUUUCAACUUCUGGGUGCAUUCUGUAAUAAUUAAACUUUUACCAUGUUGUAUCCUCACCGUAAUCAGUUUUAUCCUCGUUCGAGUGCUUUGCGAUGCAUCUAAACGAAAAUUGAAACUUAAAGAGUACAGCAAUCCCAAUAAAGGAAGUGCUCAACUUAAUGGCCAUGGUAGUCGUCCUAUAAAAUGUGAUCGUAGAACAGAUAGAACAACUAUGCUUCUUGUUGCAGUCCUCAUAUUGUUUCUUAUCACAGAAUUCCCCCAAGGAAUUCUUGGUCUGCUAAGUGGAAUUUUGCAAAAAUGUUUCUUCGUCCGUUGCUAUGUACUGUUUGGUGAAAUGAUGGAUUUACUUGCACUCAUAAACGCUGCGAUCGGAUUUGUUCUCUACGGAUUAAUGUCGAAACAAUUUCGAACAACAUUCAAGUCGCUAUUCUUCAAAAGCAGAUUUUCCAACGCCGAAAUGACUCGAAUGACCCGAGUUACGACGACGUGUGUUUGACUAAAAUUGUCCACGUACAUUUUUGCUUGUAAAUAAUUUUUGUAGUUAAAGUGUGAUGUUGCUUAUUAUUUUUUAACAAAUACUAUAGAUAUUUUGUAUCAAAACUUUUAUGUUUUAUUGUUUAUUUUUUUAUAUAUACAAUACAUAUAAUAACUUUGAGGAUAUAAUGAUUUGGAUGAAUGUUUAAAAUUACAAACUUGGGAAAUAGGAAAAACUACGAAAGUGCCAUUGUAUAGGAAAAAAAGUAGAGAUAAUAAUAAUUUAAUUUUUUAAUAAUAAAAUUAUUAAAAUAUGAACAAAAAAAUACAAUUUAAAAAUAAAAUGUAUAAGUAUAUAUUUUUUAUUAGAGGUUGAAAAGAAAACUUAAAUUUAAACUUAAAAAUAAAUACAUGAUAAAAAUAAAUGUAUUGAUAAACAAUUAAAAACAUAAAUCUAUUGCAACGAAAUGUGGAUUUUUUCUCAUUUUUAAAAAUAUUAACUAAUAACAAAAUAUCAUAUUAAUAUACAUUUUCAGAGCCCCAAAAAUGUGUAUUGAUAGAUAUACGAAUUUUCUUUUUUUUUAAU